GCCGCUUCAGUUUUCCUGUUGACAGACCACUCUCUACCCGCAUUUUACACGAAAUGUCAUUCGACAAAGCGAUUUCUCACAUGUCCUUGACGGAAGAGCUGCCCAGUUUGAUGGUUGUGCCAUGAGACCUCGAACGACACCUAGUAGGUAACGAUGCAUCCUGGCGGUCAGCUAUCCCAUUACAAUUCUGUGAGAACUCCAAUUAGCACUUCUAAAACAAGGGUCAAUCCAGUGCCUCACAGUUCGGUAUGUUAUUCGCUCUCUGCACCAAUUAAUACGGAAAAGCUGGAUAACCCUCUAAUUGCCAGCUCAAUCUCGCAUGACCCUUCUGGGUAUCAGGCUCAACCACGGCAAAACUUUCCUUACCCUGUGGGAAUACCUCAUCCGCAAUCGAACAAACCACUUCGGCUACACGGACGAACGUUGGCGUUUAGCCUCUAUAUCUGGAUUGUAUUCACAUUUACACUCUUAGUUACAAUCACUGGAUUAAUUAUCGCCUUAUAUGUUCGGAACAAAGCCCUGGAACUUCGGGUGUCCAAGGUGGAGGAAUUUAUCGGUUUCCACGAUCCCAGGCUGAAUUUAGUCAAGACUGUUGAAGGUGGAUUACAUGAGGCCAGCGAGCACUCAAAUAGAUCACCUGCAAUGAAG